AUGGCAGUGGCUCAGGAGCUCUUUGGUACCCCUUCUUCCAAGCUGGAUGGCUUUGUGGUUCAGUGGCUGCAGCCCAGCAGGGAGUGGAAGGAGAAGGUGACGGAGGUGGUACGCGCCAUGGAGCAGGCCCUCAGGAGCGAGCUCCUCCAGAUGGAGUACAGACUGGACCCCAAGGUGCAGGUGCAGAAGGUGGUCAAGGCAGGCUCCUUUGGGAAUGGAACCAUAAUCAGAGGCUUUCCGGACGUGGAGUUGGUGGUGUUCCUCAGCGGUUUACAAAGCUUCCAAGAGGAGGCGACGUACCACGACCCUGUUCUGAAAUUGAUACAGAAAAAACUGAAGUAUUGUCAGGACCUGUGGGCCCUCGGGCUGAACAACGCGUGGCUGAGCGAGGAUAACAACAAACUCAUCUUCAUCUUCCAACCCGGGGGAAUGCUGGAGCUCCUCACCAUCACCGUCGUGCCCGCCUUCAGGGCCCUGGGACCUUUGGUUCCCAAUGUUCAGCCACCUCCUGAUGUCUACGUGAGCCUGAUCAAAACCCACGGCGACCCAGGAAGAUUCUCUCCAACCUUCAGCGAGCUUCAGAGAAACUUCGUGAAACAUCGGCCAACGAAGCUUAAAAGCCUCAUGAGGCUGGUAAAGCACUGGUACCUACAGUACGUGAAAGCCAAGUGCCCCAAAGCUUUCCUGCCCCCUCUCUACGCCCUUGAGCUGCUGACCAUCUAUGUGUGGGAAAUGGGUACCGAGGAGAAUGAGUAUUUCCGGUUGGAUGAAGGCUUCACCAGUGUGAUGGAACUGCUCCAGGCCUAUGAGUUCAUCUGCAUCUACUGGACCAAGUACUACGGCUUCCAGAACCCCGUCAUUGAGACCUUUGUCAGGAAUCAGCUCAAGAAGGAGAGGCCCAUCAUCCUGGAUCCGGCCGACCCCACUCAUAAUGUGGCCGAAGGAUACAGAUGGGACAUUGUCGCUGAGAGGGCCUCCCAGUGCCUGAAACAGGACUGCUGCUACGACACCCAGGACAACCCAGUCCCCAGCUGGAACGUGAAGAGGGCACGAGACAUCCAGGUGACGGUGGAACAGGACAGUUACGUAGACCUGACCCUCUGGGCUGACCCCUACGAGCCUAUAUGGAAAAUUAUGAAGAAGAUCUGUCAGAGGCAGGGCCACUCGGGAUCACUGCGUCUGUCCUUCCAGGAGCCCGGCGGCGAACGGCAGCUGCUCAGUGGUCACCGCUCCCUGGCCUCUUACGGGCUCUUCUCCAGGCUCCGCAUCUAUCUGCUGGAGACCUUCUACUCUGAGAUACAAGUCUUUGUGAAGAAUCCGGAUGGUGAGAGCCAUGCCUACGCCAUCAAUCCCAACAGCAUCACCCUGGACCUGAAGGACCAGAUUCAAGACAAGCUGGGGAUGCCCAGAGAGCAACAGCAGCUCAUGUUAAGAGGCCAGAUCCUGCAGAAUUGGUUGUAUUUGACGUCCUAUGGUCUUAGAGACAGUGACACCCUCAUUCUCUCCAGGACCAGAGAGAAUCUGCUUCCACUCAUCUAG